GCUGUGGUGGUGAGGAGCCGGGGCUGGCGGCUCUAGUCCUCUCCGGGCUGCUCACGUUUGCUUAGAUUCACGGUGUGCCUUCUUUCGCUCUGAACUCCCAGGCGCAGCCGAAGCUCGGAAGUUCUGCUAGAUAUCGAACCCGAGAUCACUUUGGUGGAGCUCAAUCUAGAGCACCCUAUGUAUCUAUCUUUUUGGUUUAGCCUCCACCCUUCCCUAGGUGGCCCUUCCCUGACCACCUGCUCAGCCUCUCCCGCCAGGGAGGGGUUGCUUUUCUCUCCACCAGAAAGGUUCAGCUGGCCCAGCGGUUUCGAUGUGAGGGAGGUACAAGAAUCAGAUUGACUGGUUGAGGCAGUAACCAAAUGGCCUCAUUCCUCUCUCCUCCACAGAGCCUAAGCCAGGCUUGCACAGUGAGACCUGACUCCGUGUACAGUCCAGAGCACCAUCCUAUGGCCUCAGACCCAGGGCCAAGGUCUGUUGAUGUAACAGGACAGAGGGCCAGUGAUGAACCAACACCUUGAAUCAGAGGAGCAGUGGAACCAGAGACCGGAGCAGCAGGUCACCAGGAGUUGGGGCCACAGGCCUAGGAGAGCCCUGGAUAGGGCUGAGGCCAUGGCCCCCCCACCAGCAACACUGGCUGCCAGCACCCCGCUCCUGCAUGGCGAAUUUGGCUCCUACCCAGCCCGAGGCUCACGAUUUGCCCUCACCCUCACAUCACAGGCCCUGCACAUACAGCGGCUGCUCCCAAAGCCCGAAGCCCGGCCCCGGGAUGGCCUGGUCCCCCUGUCUGUGAUCUCAGGCUGCUGCACCCUGCGAAGCCACAGCCCCUCAGACUCGGCAGCCUACUUAUGCAUCUAUACCUACCUGUGGGGCCGUCGAGGCCGCCGCAGAGCCGCCCGCACCUUUCAGGCCGAUGGGGCUGCAACCUAUGAGGAGAACCGUGCGGAGGCCCAGCGCUGGGUCACUGCCCUCAUGAGUCUGCUCCGAGGAUUGCCCCUGCCUGGGGAAGGGGAGAUCAGCCCUGAGCUCCUGCCACGGCCACCCCGGUUGCUACUCUUGGUCAAUCCCUUUGGGGGACGGGGCCAGGCCUGGCAGUGGUGUGAAAACCAUGUGCUGCCCAUGAUUUCCGAAGCUGGGCUGUCCUUCAACCUCAUUCAGACAGAGAGACAUAACCAUGCCCGAGAGCUGGUCCAGGGGCUGAGCCUGAGUGAGUGGGAUGGCAUCGUCACCCUCUCAGGAGACGGGCUGUUCUGUGAGGUGCUGAACGGACUCCUGGAUCGCCCAGACUGGGAGCAGGCAGUGAAGAUGCCCCUGGGGAUUCUCCCCUGUGGCUCGGGCAACGCACUGGCUGGAGCCGUGAACAGGCAUGGGGGGUUUGCACCAGCGCUGGGCCUGGACCUGCUGCUCAACUGCUCCCUGCUGCUCUGCCGUGGUGGCAGCCAUCCACUGGACCUGCUCUCUGUGACGCUGGCCUCAGGCUCCCGCUGUUUCUCCUUCCUGUCUGUGGCCUGGGGCUUUGUGUCAGAUGUGGACAUCCAGAGUGAGCGCUUCAGAGCCCUAGGCAGAGCCCGAUUCACCCUGGGCACAGUGCUGGGCCUUGCCACAUUGCGCACCUACCAUGGACGCCUCUCCUACCUCCCUGCUGCUGUGGAGUCAGCCUCACCUGGUCCUGCCAACGGCCUGCCCCGGGCCAAGUCAGAGCUGGCCCUGGCCCCAGCUCCAGCCCCGCCCACAGACCACUCCCCUUUGCAUCGCUCAGUGUCUGACCUGCCCCUGCCCUUGCCUCAGCCUGCCUUGACCUCCCCUGGCUCACCUGAUCCCUUACCUGUGCUGUCCUUCAACGGUGGGGCCCCAGAGCUGGCUGGGGACUGGGGUGGCACUGGGGAAGCUCCACUGUCCCCAGACCCACUCCUGCCCUCGCCCUCUGGCUCCCCCAAGGCAGCUCCACUCUCUCCCAUCACAGAAGGGCCCCCAGAAAUGCCUGCAGCCUCUGGGUUUCCACCCCACACCACCGCUGCACCAGUAGCCUCUGCCGGGGGCCCACAGGACCACUUGUUACCUCCAUUGGGCACCCCGCUGCCCCCAGGCUGGGUGACAGUGGAGGGAGACUUUGUGCUGGUGUUGGCGCUCUCUCCCAGCCACCUGGGUGCCGAUCUGCUGGCGGUUCCCCACGCAAGCUUUGACGACGGCGUGGUACACCUGCUGUGGGUGAGGGCAGGAAUCUCGAGGGCCAUGCUGCUGCGCCUAUUCCUGGCCAUGGAGCGGGGGAGCCAUUUCAAUUUGGGCUGCCCGCAUGUCGGCUAUGCCCCGGCCCGUGCGUUCCGCCUGGAGCCACUCACGCCCCGAGGCAUGCUCACAGUGGACGGGGAGCUGGUGGAGUAUGGGCCGCUGCAAGGGCAGAUACACCCAGGCCUCGGUACGCUGCUCACAGGGCCUCCUGGCCACACCGGGCAGGGACCCUGAACCUGUGGGGAAUGCGGCAGGGACAGGACUUGGGCUACACGGUGUGGCCUGGCUGCUAGAGUUGGGGCGGCGCCCCCCCCCCCAAGUGCAAGGGUCCGGUACCCCACCACCUGGGAACCGGAAGUGAUCCUGGAGGGUGGCCUGAGUUCCAGACUCGUCCUCUCCGCAGUGCCUGACCGGGGAAGGCUGAGUUUGGACUGUGCUCCCUGGUGGGACUCCAAGUCACCCCUCCCCUCCCCUCCAGCUCACAGCGGGUCGGGGAGGCUGAGGGCGGAGCCUGGCUCACAUCACCGAAUGACAGGACCUGGAGUGCAGGAGCUGGGGGAGACCUUAGCUAAUUGGCCAGGCAGGACCGGGUCUCGCCCUAUCCACUCCAAUACCUCCACCUAGCUGGCCAAUCAACCCAAGAGGGGCGGGUCCCCGGCGGCCCUCGCUCCGAUUUGCACUAAUCUCCCUCCCUCAAGGAGGGGGGGGGGAUUCACUCCGGUGUCCUGUGUGUCCACCGUCCCCAAUCUAAAAAGCAAUUGAAAAGGUCUAUGCAAUAAAGGCAGUCGCUACAUUCCUAGA